UAGAGGCUUCCUUUUCUGUGUUGACGAAUAACUAUCAGUUAGUGGAUUAUUAUUGAAUAAUUAAUUUAAUCUUUCUUACUACUGAAGUUUAGUUCGAUUAUAAGAUCCAUGGCUCGAUAAUGAGUAUUAAAGAGGAACAAAACAAAACUGAUGGAUUGGAAUCGACUAGAAUUACAGUUAGGCAUUCCUUUCCGAAGCAAUGCGGUAAAGGACGUGAUACAACAGUUGUGGAACAGAGUGGUCGCUGUUGAAUGUCGUGGUGUAAAGGGCACUGGAAUAUUAUUUCGAGCCAAUAAUAAGACUUACGUACAGACAUGCUAUCAUGUAGUUGAAGACUCGGAUGAUAUAGCCAUUACAGUGUCGCAUGAACGUAAUUGCGAACAAUCUAUAGUAGUAGUUAGCAGUUUUCUGAUUGGAAAAUGUCGGUCCCAGGAUAAAGCCAUAUACCGCAUUGACAUCCAACCAUCAUUUUUUCGAGAUAUGCCCGACUUGGGAGCAAUAGUAGUUGAUGUUAGAUUACCUGGACCGCAAUCAUCUUUGUUGUGUAUAAAGGGUUUGGUGGAAUAUUAUAACGACGACAGGGGAUACAUGGUUCACUUUUAUUGGAAAGCGUUUAAUGGACAACCACCGAGCUCUUGUACUGUUACUUUUAGCGACAAUUCCGUUGCAAAUUGUGGAUCCAUUGAGACAUGCUGUAACCCCGGUUGUUACCGUUCUCAAAUUCUAUGUAGUAAAAUUCCAUAUACUACUCUAACCCUGUUUCAUCGAACUUUGCCAUGGAGGUCGGAGCAAUAUUCACCAGUAGUAAUGAUAUCACACCCGAAUGGUAACUAUAAAGAGCACACGGUUGGAAGAUAUAUGGGCAUGGAAAUGGGAAAUAAAAUCAUGCCACAUGCGGAUUCUGGAACGCACAUGGUUCUGCAUGAUGCCGAAACAUCUCCCGGUUCAAGUGGUGGAUGUGCUAUAAUUAUAGGAAAGGAAUCCUAUAAUCCUAUUGGAUAUAAUUCAUACAUUGGUAUGCAUAUAGGACAACGUGAUCGUAAUGGUUAUCGUUUUUGUUCCUUGGGACUGAUCAACUGAACUUAAUUGCUUUGUUCGUGUCAAAUAUAUUUAAUUGAUCUCUUUACAAACAAAUAGUUUUAAACUAAACCUAGAUGUUACUUUAAGUUUAUUCCAGAUUUAAAUUCAGGCAAUGUUCAUAGCGAAUGACCAAAUAUUUAUUUAUAUAUAUAUAUAUAUAUAUAUAUAUAUAUAUAUAUAUAUAUAUAUAUAUAUUAGCACAAAUUAUGUAGUUUCAUUUUGCCAACACGUUUCAUUUAAAAAGCAAAUAUUCCAUGUUGGCAAUCUGUUCCCUUCUAUCCCCAAACUUCGAGUUGCAAAUAUGAUUUUUUUUCCCAUUUAUAAGGUUCUAGCUUGACUAUGUUAUGGGUUAUGCAUUUUGGUGACUCGGUGACUUAUAUUGUGGAACUCUUGUAAUAAAAAAAACAUCACAGACUAAUAAAACAAAAUGCAAAUUGUGUGGAGCACCAUACAGAGAGAUGAAGGGUCUAAGAAGAUAUUUUGGAAUAGUUUUUAAAUAUCUCGUGUAACACUUUGGGUAAAAUUACCACCGACAUUUUUUUUUAAUAUCUUGUGGAGUGGAAUGCUUAUGGUUAACAGUUUGACACAAAAGAACGCAAAUCUUAUGAUAAAUGAUUACGAAGAAUAGUUACGUCUGAUGUUAUGGCGCUUGAUUUAGAGGAAACUCUUUUGGAAGCUUUAGUGCAAAAGGACCGCCGCAUUUGAUUAAUUUGAAAUGGAUACGCGGUGUUCAUGAUUUUCACCACAUUAUUUAUGUUCAUCAUACGAUUUCUGGUAGCUAGUUUACUGUCCGAUUAUUGUCCUUGAUCACUUUUAAAAUCACGUCAACUCAAGUUAUCAACCGAUUGACUUUAAAGAUGGGUUCCCAGAAAAGUAUUUAUCGGGUGGUUAUUUCCAAUACAAGUAUGCCAAUUUGGGUAUAUAUGGAAAGUAGAGAUAUCCAAUCUUACUAGAAAAAUACUGGAUUCCCCGAAAGACACUCAUGGAGCGUAUAUAGGACAAAAAUGUAAGGGUUCCCUUAAUCAACAGCCCGACGAUUAGGAAUUUCUGCCCGCAUGAUGUCAAAGGUCACACGCGAACAUUGAGCGCUUGAUGUACAAGUUGAUAAACUUUAUGAAGAGUUAGACGUACAACACUUUCUGAGAUAAAAAUGACGGAAAAAGACGCGAGUAGCGGAUAAUCCUAGAAUUUAAUAAGGAUUCGAUCUUUGUAAUAAAUAGUAAGCGAUUAAAGACAACAUCGUCUUAUGUAUGCAAUGAAUUCUCCUCUGACUUCCAAGAGAGGUAAGUCACGUAACGUAAACAUGACCUGGUUUGAUCGAAUUUUUAUAGUAGGGCAUUCCUUCGCAAGUACAAUGUUUGAGAAGGAUUUGAAGCAAAAUUAUGACAAAUUAAUUAGCUUGGAUAUGUUUUUAGUCCAUAUAUACCAUUAAAUCACCCAGUUUGUAUGCGGGAAUGUAUCUUUAUAUUGAAACAUGGUCUACUCAGUGAUAGCAUGGCCCUGGCGCAAGGAACAGUGUCUAAUCUUUCGGACGAGACGCGAAAAACGAGGUACCGUAUACACGUUGAUGUGCACGUAUAAUAACCAUUGAGAAUUUAUGGAUUUUAGUGUGGGCUUAUCAUGUCGCCAUCCUGUCCGUCGGUACGUCCGUUAACAAUUGGCUUCCGAACGCGAUAGACGCUACAAUUUUUGAUGGAUUCUUUUCAAAUUUGGUGUUAAGACUCCUAUCGAUCAACAACGUUCUGCGACCUUACUUACUUGAGUUAUUCCCCUUUUUACGAAAACUUUGUGAAAGUUUUCGACUUUUUUCAAAUUUGUUGUGAAGCAUUGUGGUCAUGAGAGGAGGAACCCGUUCGUUCCGUUCCAGAUGUAUUCCCCUUUGCAGGAAACCUGGUGAAAGCGAUAGAGACUGUAGUUCUUAACAAAUCAUUUUGGUGGCAAGCAUUGGGGUCAUGAUAUGAUGAACCCCAUCGAAUUAUAUUCAGCAUUCUGCAACUUUCAGUCACGUGGUUACCCCCCCCCCCCAUUCGCCCAUUCUGAAAGCCUUUGUAACACGAUAGAGGCUACUGUUUUAAACCGAUUUGUUCAAAUUUGAUGGGCAGCACUGGGUUCACGGAAGAAUGAAGCCUAGCACUAUUCAGCGUUCAACGAUUUCUUUCAACAUUGAUGUGAAGCAUGUACCCUAUAGAUAUUAGACAUCCUGGGUUUCUUUCGGAUAAGUUGCGGCUGAGAUACUACUGCUUUAUUGUCGCAUUCCACGUUGUGCGUGGGGGGGGGUCGAAUGGUUAGCGCGUGCGCGCUGUAUCAUAAAACCUUUCAUUGAGUCAACUGGCGUGGUUUCGAUUCUCCGGUUGUACGUGACAAGAGGUAGGGUCGCCAAUCCAACCUCGUGGGUUUUCUCCGGGUCCUCUGGUUUCCUCCCUCUGUUAAAGACUACUAUAACGCACAAGCGAAUUGUAAAAUUGAACCAUGUUUUGUUUCGAAAUGAACUAGUUUGUGUCGAGUGGACGUUAAACCUCAUUUCCCUGUAUCUCUCGCUUUACGUGGCCAUCUUUUAUAGUAGAAUUCCCAUAUAGAAUCUAUAUCGAGAAUUUGAGUAUGAAAAUAUGAGCGAAAUAAAUAUAAAUGGAGUAUUCGAUUAAUAAAGAUCUGUUACAACAAAUACAAGAGUUUCUUGAUUACAGUUUUAUAUAAAGCUCCGAUACAUACGAUACAAGCAUACAUUAAAAUAGAUUACAAUUAAGUCGUUCUCUCAAUCCCAAUCCACCCAGACUCGCUCUGCUGAUAGACAUUGCUACAUCUUCUCCCUCUGGAAUCAAACGGCUGUCUGGCGAAUGUUCAGAGAUAUAAUAGUCUUGUAGCUUUGGGUUUGGACCUUCAAUUAUCUAAUUGGUCAAAUAUGACGUAAUUAAUUAUAACGAUUGGUUAAUGAGUUUAAUAACGUCGAAAUCCAACCUUAUUAAGGAUAGUGGAAACUUAUACCAGAGUUUCACAUUUUUGUUAUUAACCUAGAAUUAAAUGUUUACCAACUUUAA